CGUAACAGUCAAUCCAUUACCAGGUAGCUGAUAUUCACCGCAAAAACAAAGCUGCGUUUUCCAAAUUUGGCUGACCAAUGGAUGCUUUUUGUUUGCUCUAGACAAUGUAUCUUACAGUGAGUUUCAAAAGGAACUAAAUGAUGAGGAACAAAAGUUGCUUAGUACGCACCAAGAACGACGAAACAAAGACAAGUCCAAACCCAUCCAAUUUCCUAGGACCGCCGUGAAAACUCCAAAAGGCACCAAAACCAAACCAUCUUCUAGGCUGUUCGGUACAUUGACCUCUGAUACAGUCAUCCAAAAGCCGAAAAAGAGAGUGGCCUCUUCGUCCGGUGAAAACCCAGUAUCGAAAAAGAGUUUACCUGACAAGCUAUCCUCUUCCGCCAAUGAAGCAUACAAUGAGUCUUCUGAGGCUACCGAGACUUCAUACUACUGGCCGUAUCAUGACACUACAUCUUAUUCACAUGCUCCUCCUCCUCCUCCUCUUUCGUCAUAUCCAGCUUUUCCACCGGUCCCAUUUCCGCCUUUUCCCACUUUACCUCCAUCCAAUACCACCUCUACGUCGACUGGGCGUACGUAUCCGCUUUUCUUCCCCUUUCAAACGACAUCACACUUUAUUCCACCUGAUCUACACUUUUAAUAUCAUCAGAUAAAGUGAACAGCUGCCAUCGAUGGGUUCUUUGGUCACGUUUUUUAUGUUUGGUAUCUUGACGAGCUUUAGAUGACUUUUUGAUCACAAACCGUGGGGGUGUUUGCACGAAGUCUGGUCGAUAUCUCACUUUAUGUCUUCUCCUCAGAGAAGCCGAAUACCACGGUAUCAUGGGAACAGCAUGAACAAACCCAGUGCAAGCCCUUCACCUCGCCAGUCAUCUGUGCAUCCUUGCACCUCGUCACACCUCCGAACACAUACGAUAUUUGAGUAGCUAAAACCAAUUCGACCGUUUACCGAAUAUACAUACGUGUUGUGAUAUCAUGAUUUAUCAAUUGAAAUCAACGAUUUUAAAUGCAU